CACACGAUCAUUGAUCAUUAACCUAGCCUCAGCUGUAUAGCUACCAGCUCAUAUCUAUCAACGUGGACUGGUAGACGAUACUAUUCAUUCGCACAUCAUGUCCCCGCAAGACCCCACGCCGGGUCUAUUCUCACAGCUAUCCAUCUCCCAAACAUCCAACUCGAUCUCCCUCACCAACGGUCCUCCCUCGGCUCACCACCACCAGCAACAGAGAUACCAUCAACCGCAUCGUCAAUUGAUACAGAGUGAAUCGAUGCAGUCAGGCAUGUCACUGGAGACCCUGGAAGACGACGAGCGGAUGCCGAUGUCGGGCGAGAGGUCGGGGUCGAGGUCGAGGUAUUCGGGAGAACGGGUGGAUCGCGAAGACGAAAACGAGGACGACGAUGAACGCGAGGGGGAAGAAGAAGAAGCUGAUGACGAGUUUGAACAAGAGCGAAAUACUCGCGGCAGCGAUCAUCUAGGUGGUAAUGAGUACGGAGCCGUCAAUGGAAAGGGGAACGGACACCUAAAAGGAGCGAAUUCGAACGGGUUCCAGCUGCCUCGUCGAACAGCUGCGCCGAAAGGGAUCGUGCACGUUGAAGUCCGCCUGAACCCCUACCAGGCUCUUCAGACCCCUCAGAUCCGGUCCAUCGUCAGACAAUACAUAUCCGAGAACUUUGAACGCGCCGAACCGGGUGCCGAGGUGGAAGGGUGGGAAGAGGUCGAGGUGCUGAGAGGGUGUGCGGAGAGGAUCGUCUUUGCCGAGAGCACACUUCCGGACCCGUUCCCGUUGCUGUCCGAGGUCAAGCUCGUCGUACACGUCUACCAACCGUCAAAUCAUACGGGCAUCCAAGAGUUUGCUGCGACGACCGGAGACGAAGACGAUGAUGAAGAUAAUGUCAUGGCGGCGACUGUGCAGGAAUUGCCUUCCCGCUCACUGGACGGGUUGUGGGAAAGCCUGAUCUACACAGAAGACAUCAAACCUCGCCUAUUAAACUACAUCUACACCACCCUGCUCUUCUCGGACGCCGACGUGGAUUUCAACAUCAUCACCUGGAACCGUGUCGUACUCCUUCACGGCCCACCAGGGACGGGCAAGACCUCGCUCUGCCGAGCGCUCGCUCAGAAACUGGCCAUCCGGCUAUCGGAACGGUACGCUCGGGGUAGGUUGGUAGAGAUCAACUCGCACAGCUUGUUCUCGAAAUGGUUCUCGGAAUCGGGCAAGUUGGUGCAAAAGCUGUUUGCUAGGGUUAAUGAGAUGGUAGAGGAUGAGAGUGGGUUCGUGGUCGUCUUAAUCGACGAGGUGGAGAGUUUGACAGCAGCAAGAGCGGGCGCGAUGAGCGGGACUGAGCCUUCAGAUGCAUUACGGGUGGUCAAUGCGCUCUUGACUCAAUUGGACAAGCUGAAACACCGGAAAAACGUGUUGGUCAUGUCCACCUCCAAUAUCGCACAAGCGAUCGACUCGGCGUUCGUCGAUCGGGCGGAUAUCAAGCAGUAUAUCGGACUCCCACCGCCCGAGGCAAAUCAUUGGAUAUUAACCGGGUGCUUGAACGAGAUGAUGAAACGCGGUUUAAUGGAGAACAUCAACCUGUUGGACUGGAAGACGUGCGACAAGGUACGGGAAAAGCCUGCCAAACAGUCCAACUUGGAACGCGUCCGACAAGCAAGUCUCCGGCUAGCCAUGAUCUCGGAGGCUUGUCAGGGCAUGUCGGGACGGACAUUACGUCGACUCCCCGUCCUCUCCUAUGCACGGUACAUGGUCUCGCUCUCGCUUUCCCACCCGGCUUUCGACGACCCCGAGGCCGACGAGGGCGCACCGAAUCGACCGGGAUACGCUGUGGAGGACUGGUUGGACGCGCUGGAACGGGUCGUCAAGGACGAAGGGGCACAAAAGGAGGCAUUGGAGAGGUUGGUCGGGACAGGAGGGGUUUAAGACGAGAUAACAGGAUCCCUUCCUCGCGCCAUCGCCUGCAGGAUAGGGUCUAUGCCAUACAACAUAAUGAUGAAGCGAUGAUCAUAAUGACAAUAACGAUCUAUGAUGCUGAUAUCGACGGUGGUGC